CAUCAUUGUUUUGUUAGUCUCCGAACUUGCAGCAUCGUCAUGGCACGUACCAAGCAAACCGCUCGUAAAUCCACCGGUGGUAAGGCACCAAGGAAACAACUCGCCACCAAGGCCGCCAGAAAGAGCGCGCCUGCAACUGGUGGAGUGAAAAAACCCCAUCGUUACAGGCCAGGAACCGUCGCUCUCCGUGAGAUCCGUCGUUAUCAGAAGAGCACUGAGCUCCUCAUCCGCAAGCUUCCUUUCCAACGUUUGGUCCGUGAGAUCGCUCAAGAUUUCAAGACCGACUUGCGUUUCCAGAGCUCUGCUGUGAUGGCUCUCCAGGAGGCUAGCGAGGCUUACCUCGUCGGUCUCUUCGAAGACACCAACUUUUUAUUAUCUGCAAAAAUGACUGGUCGCGGAAAGGGAGGUAAAGGUUUGGGAAAAGGAGGAGCAAAGCGGCAUCGCAAAGUUUUGCGUGAUAACAUCCAAGGUAUCACCAAGCCAGCCAUCCGUCGUUUGGCUCGUCGUGGUGGAGUGAAACGUAUCUCCGGAUUGAUCUACGAGGAAACUCGUGGUGUUCUCAAAGUGUUCCUUGAGAACGUGAUCCGUGACGCCGUCACUUACACCGAGCACGCCAAGAGGAAGACUGUCACCGCCAUGGACGUCGUCUAUGCUUUGAAACGUCAAGGCCGCACCCUUUACGGUUUCGGCGGUUAAAUAUACACGUCAUCAUCAUCUGCAUACAAUCGGCCCUUUUCAGGGCCACCAAAUUUUUUUACGUUGAAAUUCUUUUUUUUAAAACAUAUUGUCAAGAUAUAAAGAGAGUUUUGUGUUGAUAAUUUAUUCUAUUAGUGGACGUUAGUUAGGCAAGACAAUUUAAAUUUGAUCUGUAAAGGUAAAAAACUAUUCAAUAAAAUUGAAAAGUAUAUGUA